UUUUUGUGCCCCCCUGUCGUGAUUUUCAUAUAAAGCGAGUGUUUUUCCUUUUAGUAUUACAUUUGCUUAAAAAAAUUUGACCAACGCAAGUUUCAAAUUUGUUCAUUUGGCGUUCCAUUUCUCCACGAUUUCAAUACAUUGUCCUUCAGGUAAAUCAUAACAAAAAUCGUUUCAAUUUUUUCUUUCAUUUUCGGUUUUUUGAAUGGAGCUCUUGAGAGUCAUCGCAUACGCAGCGCCAAGUGUUAAAAAAUCAAACGAAAAUCCGUUUCGGCCGGAUUUCGUGAGUUCUCACGCCCCCUAGAACACCUAUUCAUUGAGUUUCGAGCUCCAAACGUUCGGAAAAUGGCAUCAGGAUCGAAUAAUAGAAACUCGUUGAAGCCUGCUGCAGAUGUGCAACAACGAAAGUCCCCAGUACGGAAAAUGGUGGAAGCUUUAUCUGGUUUGCGUAAAAAUUUAACGUUCAGAAAGAAAGACCGUCACAGCUAUAGAUUGGAAGACGUCGACGACGACGUACAGUCCCGUUAUUCGACGUUCGAGAGAAUAAAUCGUAUUGGCAACCGUAUAAGUAACCGAGUCGGCUAUUCCACGUUGGAUCCAAGGAGACCCAGCAGUUCUUUUGAAAAUAAUCUUGGAGGCCGCGAUGAUCACAAAAUCCACAGUUUCACGUUGAAUCAGAGGAGAGCCUCGGGUUCAAUUCAAGCUGAUCCAAGCCUCAGCGAUGAUUCGCAGAUCCGCAGGUUUACAUUGGGUAAAAGAAGGGGCCGCGAUACUCACGGAAUCGCUUUUUCUUACGGCGGAAAAUUUCAUUAUCCAGGUUCGCGAAUAUCACCAUCUUAUACUAUCACAGGAGCUGGUCCAGCGUGGAAUAUCGCUAACUUCGCUCCAAAAGUUGCACCGUUCGUACCAUCUCUGGUGAUCCAAUGCGCGAUCGAAAUUGAAGCACGUGGUAUGAAGGAGACACUCUUGUACAUGAAGGACGGUAACACCGACGAAGCCAAAGAAUUAACAAGAGAAUACCUUUUUAACAAAAGAGUACUCGACAUGAGAGCAGUCGACAUACACACGGUCACCACGACCCUGAAAAUGUUUUUGGCAUCGCUCAGGGAGCCGCUCAUUACUAGUGAUACCAAGAAUAUUUUUCUCAGCACGGUUGUGAUAACCAACAAACCAGAAAAGGAUGUAAAACUUUGCCAAACACUCCGGCAACUUCCACCGGCGAAUCGUGACACUCUUGCUUUUCUUAUCCAUCAUUUACGAACCAUCAGCAGUGAUGACGACUUCGGAAUAUUAAGCAACGAUUACAUCGACAUCUUUACGCCCUUUUUUUUCGGUGGGAGCUCUCAAAGUUUUGAUUUCAUUUCGUUUUCCGAUCAGCUAAGAGACCAAAAUGAGGUUGUUGAAAGCUUGAUGCGUAUGGAUUCCUGCGUAGACUUGAUUUACCCCUAUCGCUUGAAGGUACAGAGAAAUAUCGCUGAUUAUGCACCGGACGCAAAGCCAUUCGUACCGUCUUUGGUGGUCGAAUGUAUAGCUGAAGUUGAAGAGCGAGGUUUGAAGGAGGAAUUCUUGUACAAGCAGGAUGGUAAUCUCGCCGAAGCCAAAUUAUUGGUGACCGAAUACUUUGUAAACAAAAAAGUACCGGAAUUGAGCGGAGUCGAUAUCCACACGAUUACCUCGUCUCUGAAGAUAUUUUUGACAUCGCUGAAGAAACCACUCAUCAACAGUGAUCUCCGGAAGAAUUUCGUUAGUGCCACUUUGAAAUCUUCCAAAGAGGAAAAGGAUCAACAACUUUGUGAAACGAUCUGGAACGUUCCACAACCGGAACGUGAUACUCUUGUUUAUCUUCUUCACCAUUUACGGAUCGUUGACGAUGAAGCACAAGGACGCAUCAUCAAUCGUCUCGCCUUUAUUUUUGGGCCCAUACUCGUCGGUAAUAGCUCUCGAAAUUUUGCUACGCCCGUUUUUGUCACUCAAGGAGAAAAUCAAACUAUGAUUGUCAAAAGCUUGUUGGAGAUGGAAGAUUGUGACGACUUCAUUUAUUCUCAGCGCUCUCGUUUUCCUCCUGUUUCUCAGUUACAGGGAAACAUCGCUGAUUAUGCACCGAACAGGGCACCAUACGUACCAUCUUUGAUGGUCAAAUGUAUAGAAGAAAUUAAAAAACGUGGUCUGGAGAUCGAUAUCUUGUACGAACGAGACGGUGACAUCGGUGAAGCCGAAUGGUUGACAAAAUACUACAACGUAUCCAGAGAAGUGCCGGAUUUGAGCAAAAUCAACAUACACACAGUGGCCUCGACCCUGAAAACAUUUUUGACACAGUUGAGGGAUCCACUCAUAACCGAUGAAGUUCGAGAUGAAUUCCUCAAACUAGAUUCGAAUUUUGAGGUUAAAGGCUGGCGUGUAGAACUUUGUGCAGUAAUUUGGGAACUUCCACCACCGAAUCGCGACACUCUCAUGUAUCUCGUUCAUCAUUUACGAGCCUUCAGUGAAGAGAAAGAUGAAAAAAUCAUUGAUCUUCUCGCCGAAAUCUUUGGACCUAUAGUGGUUGGUGGGAGCUCUCGACGAGAACAUCAAAUUCGGAUUUUCAAAAGGUUGUUGGAGAUGAAGCAUUGCGAUGAUUUCAUUUAUCCUUAUGUCCCCCAGCGGCUAUGGGACGAGUCCGACGAAUUGGAAACUUCUGGGCUACCCCGACUUGCGAAUGUAAUUGAAGUUUUGCAGCCAUAGAUAUAAAGUGAAAUAAGAAAACUGCAGUACUUUCCAAAAAAAAAUAAUUGUUUCUUCCAUUGCGAGAAACAUAUUCUUCGGUGUUAAUUAUUCGUGUAUUUAUUAUAAUUUACCAACAAGGUUUUAUGCAGUUUCCCUGCGCCUAUGGAAAAUCUAUUAAAGGAGAAUUAAAUAGCGUGUUAUCAUAAA